GUUGUACAGAGUGUGAACCAGGAAGUUUAACUGCAAAAAAGGUUUGUGGAAAAGGAAAGUUGGAAGAACUUCUGGGAAAAACAAAAAAGAAACCACUCCUUCUGUGAUCAUAUUCUGUAUAAUCAGGUCCUGAUUUUGAAGGCUUGUCAUUCAGAAUUGCUCUUUCACAGCAGUCCCAAGUAAACAUCAUGGCAUGCAUUUAUGGAAACAUCAUGAAAAUAGACACCACCGGUGCAUCACAGGAAACAGCUAAUCAAGACAGAUUAAACGUAGAUGGUGUUAAAGCCUCUGAAAAACUGGCUGAGACUGAUCUGGACCGAAUGAAGAACUACAAGCGUAUGAUCACCAAAGUUGCUAGAGCAAAGCAGAUGGACCCAGCUGUGAUUGCUGCCAUCAUAUCCAGAGAGACCAGAGCCGGAAACGUCCUGGAGGAAGGAUGGGGUGAUCAUGGCUAUGCCUUUGGCCUCAUGCAGAUUGACAGACGCUAUCACCCUCUAGAUCCACGCGUUGCAUGGGACAGUGAGGAGCAUAUCACACAAGCUACAGAGAUACUCAUUAGCUUCAUUAAAGAAAUGAAGGCAAAAUUUCCCAUGUGGUCCCAAGAGCAAUGCUUUAAAGGGGGAAUAUCAGCAUACAAUGGAGGUGUGAAUGCCAUCAGGUCAUAUAAGGAAAUCGAUGACAGAACCACUGGAAAAGACUACUCCAAUGAUGUUGUCGCCAGAGCACAGUGGUUCAAAAGCCAGGGUUAUUGAAAAGCAGCAGUUAUGAAGGUCUAAAAACCUUCAAUUAGUUUAAUGACUACAACAACUCAAGAUUAUAAGUCUUCGUUUUUAAUAUUAGGCCUAUUGCAGUAAUAUGCUUUAGUUAUAUAGAUAUUAGAUUGAUAAUAUAAUCUUUCCAAACCAUCCGAGUGGUAAUAUUAUUUCAAAAUAUGACAAUAUUAAUGAUACUACUGAGCUGCAGUGAAUUUCCUGUAAUGAUAGUAAUAAAGUUCAUUUAUUUACUCAAA